AUGACCAGAUCUUCAUCAGGAGAUCUCGAAUACGACCUAGAGAUUGAGAAAUCAGUGCGAGCACGACGAAAAGAGACAGGAGCUCUUAAACGUGCAAGUAAAUCAGGAAUUGAGCUAGGACAGGGGAUCCUAGAAUCCGAUGUUGAAAAAUUGAGUGAAGUAAUUCGCACAGAGGCAAUUCGACGUGGGAAACGAGUCGAAGAGGUUGAACUUGAGACUGAACCACUCUUUGAAACAAAAGGCAACCUCGGUGAAUCAGAAAGGAUGGCAAACCGAACCAUUCGUCAACUAGCCGCUGCUCCCAACGAGCAAACACCGUUAUGCAUCAACUAUCCAACCGGAAGAACCCCUUUCGAAUUGAAGUCGGGCUUGAUUCACCUUUUGCCCACUUUUCGAGGCCUAAAGAACGAAAAUCCACACACUCACUUGAGAGAAUUCCACAUGGUCUGCUCAAGCAUGAAACCCCAGGGAGUACCCAAAGAUGAGAUCAAACUUCGGGCUUUUCCUUUUUCUUUAGUUGAUACAGUAAAAGAAUGGUUAUUUUACUUACCUCCCGAUUCUAUCACAACGUGGGAUGACUUAUCUCGUGUAUUUCUUGACAGAUUCUUCCCAGUGUUACGAGCAGCCGAGCUUAGGAGGGACAUAGUGGGAAUUCACCAAUUGGAGAGUGAAUCGCUCUACUACUACUGGGAGCGGUACAAAAAACUGUGUGUGAGUUGUCCUCAACAUGGGUUGACCGAACAAUCACUUCUUCAAUAUUUCUACGAGGGUUUGCUCCCUAUGGAAAUGAAGAUGAUCGACGCUGCUAGAGGAGGAACGCUUGUCAAUAUGACCCCUCAAAGGGCAAGAGAGCUAAUAUCCACCAUGGCGGCAAAUUCUCAACAGUAUCGACCAAAUUCAGAGCCGACAAGACGGGUUAAUGGGGUAAACGUUUCAACUUUAGAAGAUAAAUUGGAUAAGCUUACGAAUGUUGUUCAAUCUUUGCUUACAGAAAAGAAGAGUUUAACCCCACUAUGUGGAAUUUGUACUACGUCUGAACACCCGACUGAUUUGUGCCCAAUCUUUAACGAUAAUUCAACGGCACAUGUAGAUGCUGUCGGAGGUUUUCCGAGACCUCCACAAAGACACUAUGAUCCUUUCUCCAACACCUACAAUCCCAGAUGGAAGGAUCGUCCCAACCUGAAUUACGGAGCUAAUCCCCGAUAUAAUCCACAAUCCCAACCUAGACCUCUGCAACCACCACCACAACAUAAGCCGAGCACAUCUCUAGAAGCUAUUGUUGAAAGACUUGCUGCCAAUGCCGCAAAAUAUCAACAGAGAACAGACGUAUCAAUACAAGAGUUAACUAAUCAAGUUAGUAAACUCUCGAUGACAGUUAAUCGCUUGGAGUCUCAAGGUAAAUUACCUUCCCAGAUAGAGCCAAACCCUCGGCAAAAUGCCAGUACAACCACUCUUCGUAGCGGAAAGGUUCUAGAAACAGUUCCAGCCAAAAAUCAUGGGCAAGAAAAGGAACGGGAAAAGCAGAUCUCGGAUCCAAUAGCAAGGCCAGAAUCGGAAGUUCAGAAACCAGUUGUGAUGCCACCUCCUUUUCCAGGGAGGCUUGCAAGGGAUAAGAAAGAGAAGGAGGAAAAAGAAAUCCUCGAGAUAUUCAGGAAGGUGGAGGUAAAUAUCCCUUUACUCGACGCUAUCAAACAAAUCCCUCGUUAUGCAAAAUUCGUCAAGGAAUUGUGUACUAGCAAAAGGAGGUUAAUAGGUAACGAAAGAGUAAAUGUAGAAGAAAAUGUUUCCACAGUACUGCAAAAGAAAGUUCCGCCCAAAUACAAGGACCAAGAGACAGGAGUAAUAAUCCAGUUGGCAGACAGGUCAGUCGUCUAUCCCAAAGGGCUGCUUGAAGACGUCUUUGUUAAAGUUAACGAAUUAGUUUUCCCUGCAGAUUUCUACAUUAUUAGUAUAGAAGAUGAUAAUUCAACUAAUUCGUCUGAUAUUUUGCUUGGAAGGCCGUUUCUAAGUACCGUAAGCGUAAAAAUAGAUGUUCGAAGUAGGACGCUGACCAUGGAGUUUGAUGGCGAAAUUGUGAAAUUCAAUGUCUACGAGGCUAUGGGUCAUUCUAACUCACUAUUGAAUAUUUCUAGCAUUGAUAUUUUAGAUUGUUUAACUCAAUCUUAUUCUGAAUAUCAUGACUUUGAUGAGUUGAAAACUGUCCUUUUCAGAAACAUUGACAUGAAUGUUUUACAUCAUCUCGAGGAAUUCGCAGUCAUUGAAGAUCCGUUGCAAGAAAUCGUCAAUCACUUGGAUAUGCAACCUUCGUUGACAAACCAAGGUAACCAGUUUGAACUAUUACCUUCCUAA